AUGUGGACUUCUACCCUCGAGUCUAAGCUCUCAAAGGGGUGUAGAACUCUACAUCUCCCAGCUAGUUUAUACGCUCCUACUAAUGACACUCAUCAUUUUAGAGCUACCGUCAUGGCGGAUCUCAAUGACGAGUUCAAGGAGAUUUUGGACGAUGACGGAUCUCUCGAUCCCCUUAUCGAUUUCAAUUUCGGUGCCAUGGACCAACCAGAAAUUGGUGAUGACUGCGAGACAGAUUUUUUUGAGCAGUGGAACGCAGGACUCUCUCAGUUCAGCAUGAAUCCUGCCAUUCUUCUUCCAGGCGUCUCGGGGUCGCAAGUCGGCUAUGAUGGUGAACCAGAUGCACCUCACGAUAUAGAUUGUGAAGCUGGGUUCUUGCCUUCUUCUAUGCUCUUUGCGCAGGACCCAACCUCGCUAUUCCUCCCGGCCGGCCCUGGUUAUCAAUUCUAUGAGCAAGGGCAGAUUUAUUCUGAGCCAUUCUUAGGACAGGAUUCGCCGAGUCCCAAUCCGAUGUCGAUUGAAAGGAAUUUGGCGAUUGAUCCUCAACUUGAUAACUCUGGGAGCUCCGAAUAUGACAACUUCCAAGAUCUGGUCGGCACAGCUGAGGCAGGCACAUUUAUCCUCCCAGGCGUUGGUGGAGAAUAUGGUCUUAUUGGGAUGUCUUCGGUGGCUCCAAUUGCUCCCAUGAACCAAUUAACCCCAGAGGCAGAUUUGGCAUUGCCUUUAUCGACUAUUGGCCCAAACGCAAACGGCAAGCGCGCCUUGAAACCCAACAAUAAUAAUGGUAUCGACGAUUUCAAUUCCGAAGGCAUGAUGUCAAAAGCAAAGGGGAAGGCGCCCAUAACUGGCGGCCGAAGCAAAUAUCGCCCUAUGAAUCGCGCCCCACUUGCAGAAACAUCUGGAAACUCAGCUGGGUCUGAUCUCGAUGACGGUAUCGAUCUCGAAAAUAUAGCUGGGUCCGGAAAGAGGUCCCUUUCGAUGCCCCAGACCUUCGCGCAAUCGGUCGGGUUCAGACAGGAAUAUGGCCUGCAGCCAUGUAUUGAAGAUAAUAACUUCGACUCUGACGAAACUAUUGACCUCGAAGAGUACGCUGCAGCUUGCAACGCUAUAGAUCCCUCUGUCCAAUACCUUUCGCGAGCAGAUUUCACCCCAGAAUUCGAGCGAGAACUCUCCGCCGAAACGCCACCAGGUAUCGCAAGUGGUGAAUCUAGCUUUCUGCAACCUACGGGUGGAGAAUCAGUAGAUGGUACUUCUUUAACGCAUUCUAUACCUAUCAAACGAGGACGUGGGAGGCCCAUUGUCCCGGGUUCAAAACGCCAACGACGAAUCCAGGCUAUGGCUCAGCCAGACUAUGUUCCUCCAAAACGCGGUCGGCCUCGAACGAACGAGCAUGGUCAACGAAAGCGAGUUCGAAGAACGAAGACGACUCAACCCGUUCUCCAGCCAAUUUUUUCGCCGAUCCCUCCGUAUAUACCCCAACCUAAGAUAGAACAAUUCAUGCCAAAAACCCACAACCAAGACACCGUUGACUUCUCAUUCAAUCAAGUAUACAAACCGAUCGUUUUAAACAAUGAGGUUGGGUACACGCCCGACCAAUUCAUUCUUGACCCAAUACAAGCUGGAAAGAUCCAGCAGAUUUACAAUGUGGAACUUCCGGUCGGAGGAUGGGCAGAGACCGCAGAGCGCUGGCGGCUCACCUUUAAUUUGAAUAGAAUCACCCCAACGAGCGAAUCUUUGUUCCAUGAACUAAGCGAAAUGGUCAAAACGGCCCCGAUAACUGCUCGUCAUGAUACCGGACGUAAGGAAAACAUCGAUCCCGAUAGUGAGGAUGCCGCCAAUCGAAAGACAGUUAUUGGGUUGACAACUGAUAUCCAACCUCUCACGCAAAUCCCGGAUUCCGAAAAGAAAGUGGACUUCAUCAAAAAAACCAUUUUCCCGGACCAACGCCUCCAGGUCAUUGCCGGCGACGGUACCUAUCACGAAAUGACCCAUGAGCAAGUCCUUGAAAAAUUGUUAGAUGAGCGGGACAUCUACUUUCGUACGAUUGUAUGGGAGCUCCUGCAAAAAUCUCAACGUAUAGCGUCAAUGAAUUUUGUUGGCUCAUUGAACCGAAUGAGUGGCGUUUGGGAGUUCACCUAG